AUGCUUGAUAGUCAUAACCCGCAUGUUAAGGCGUUUAGAUCGGCACAUGAAAGAUUUAAUAUAGAAGACGGUAGCGAAGGUUUGCGAUUAAUGUUACCUUCGGAAAGUACCACUAAUGCAAGGACUCAUAAUCUUCCUACCAGCAAAGAGGUUGCUGCUCUAAUUCCCGGAGACUUUACGGCUGGUGUAAAUAAACGUAACAUUGUUAUAGAAAGUCGUUCGGGAAAUUUACAGCAGAUAAGUGAACUUCAUCCUGUGUACUUGCCUUUACAAUACCCAUUGUUUUUCCCUUAUGGUGAAGAUGGUUACAGAUUAGGCAUCGAUAUAGGGUUCGUGGAUACCCGUGGACGUAAAAGGAAAACGGUCACCAUGAGAGAAUUUUAUGCAUAUAGAGUAUUUGAAAGAUAUGAAGAAUCUUCGAUUAUUGUUAUGGCAGGCAAAUUAUUACAGCAGUUUUUAGUCGAUGCAUUCACUACAAUAGAAUCAAACAGGUUGAACUACAUUUGGAUGAACAAAAGCAAACUCCGAACUGAAACAGUUGAUAAGAUAACUGAAGCUGCUGAAAAAGGACAUGGAUAUCUUGCACAACACAGAAAGAAAAUUUAUAUUCCGUCAUCGUUUACAGGUGGAAAGAGAUAUAUGAUGCAACAUUAUCUGGACGCGAUGGCUACUUGCAAGUAUUAUGGAUUUCCUGACCUUUUCAUAACCUUUACGUGCAACCCAAGAUGGUCUGAAAUAGAUCGUUAUCUACAAAGGCAUCGUCUUAGUAAAGAAGAUAGACCUGAUAUAUGCAGCCGAGUUUUCAAGAUGAAACUUGAUAGAUUAUUGGACCAAGUGACAAAGGAAAAAACGUUUGGUAUCAUAAAUUCUACAAUGAAUACAAUAGAAUUUCAGAAAAGGGGUUUGCCUCAUGCGCACAUGAUUCUGUUUUUACAUCCAGACAAUAAGAUGCGUACAACGGACGACAUUGAUAAAUUCAUAAGCGCUGAAAUUCCUGAUAAAGAGGUGGAUAAGUAUUUAUACGAAGUUGUUCCUGAUGUGAUUAUUCAUUGUCCUUGUGGUCCUAUGAACAAAGAUAGUGUCUGCAUGAAUAAUGGAAAAUGCACUAAAUUCUUCCCAAAGCCAUACAUGGAUAAUACUAUUGUCGAUGAUGCUAGUUAUCCAAUAUAUAGACGACGAAACGAUGGGAGAGUUGUGGAAAAAAGGGUUUUUCAAUACGAUAAUAGUUAUGUUAUUCCCUAUAAUUGUGAUUUGUCUCUCCGUUUUCGUGCUCAUAUAAAUGUUGAGUGGUGCAAUCAGACAUGUUUAGUCAAGCAUUUGUUCAAGUACAUCACUAAAGGUCCGGAUUAUGUUAGAGCCAAUGUAGGAGGAGAAGAUCAAGAAAAUGAAAUAAAAAAAGUAUUUCAAUUGCAGAAUAAGAAAGAAAAACUUUGGAAGCCAAGGUCGGAGAAGCGGAAAAUUUUUGCAAUAGGCAGGAUUACAUACGUACCGCCAUCUGUAGGACAAGCCUAUUACUUGAGAGUUUUGCUUAAUAAGAUUCUAGGACCAACAAGCUUUGACUAUGUAAAAACAGUCAACGGUGUUCUUUAUAAGGAUUUUCAGGAAGCUUGCUAUGCAUUGGGAUUACUAGACGACGAUAAGGAAUACAUUGCGGCUAUAAAUGAAGCAGGUGAAUGUUGUAAAGUUCUUAAACUUACCGAAAAUUUGAGACUUCGCAAGGCAAGUAAUAGUAUGGACGUGGGUGCUCUCGCUACUUUCUCAAAGUGGCUUCUCGAUAUCGGGAAUGGCAAAAUCAACGAGUCAAAUAGUGGGGAUGUGGAGAUUGAAAUUCCUAAUGAUUUAUUAAUUAAUACAAGUGGGAAUCCUAUUGAAGCAAUAAUUAAAGAGAUUUACGGAGAACAUUUUGCAACGAGGACUGAUCCAAAAUUCUUUAGUGAAAGAGCUAUUCUAAGUCCAAGGAAUGACGAUGUUGAUAAGAUAAAUCAGUUUAUGCUUACUAAGCUCCCAUGUAUGCAAAUUAAAUAG